UAGUGAUUUUUAACCGUUACAUUGGCAGUGCAAUGACAUUUACCAAAAUUCGCAAUUUUGUAAAUUAAUAACAAAUUUGAUAAAUCUGAAAGUGAUGGCAAGUAGAGUGGUUGCAACGGCUACUGUGAGGGCAGUGCGAAAAAGGCUAGCCCCAACAAGAGCGGCUCUAGUUCUGACACCAGCGGCUGUGAAUCGAGUCAAAGAAUUGUUAAAAGGACAGGAUAAUUUCGUAGGGUUAAAAAUUGGGGUUAAACAGAGGGGUUGUAACGGAUUGUCAUAUACUUUGGACUAUGUUGAUAAAAAGGAUAAGAUGGAUGAAGAAGUGGUCCAAGAUGGUGUCAGAAUCUUCAUAGAUAAGAAAGCACAACUCACAUUAUUAGGUACUGAAAUGGAUUACGUACAAAGCAAAUUGAGCUCAGAAUUCGUUUUUAAUAAUCCAAAUAUUAAAGGCACCUGUGGGUGUGGCGAAUCGUUCAACAUUUAGACACAAUUUUAAUCUAAUUAGUAUUUAUUUGUACAUAAACGUUACGUUUUAAUAAAAAAUAAUUACAAAAGUUUA